AUGGUGCAAUGCAACAAGGAGACCCGUCCGGUUGGACGCACCCUCAUACAUGCUGCAGGAUCUUCAAGGUGGCAUGCCAGACAAACAGGUGAACGACAGCCACUGACCAACAAGAACAAGAUUGACCCAGGAUACUUGGGCAGAAUGCUCGAUCUUGCUUAUCAAUCCGCGCCGGUUAAUGAGAAGCCUGUCAAGAAAGGAUUUGCUGAAUGGGUGGUUGGGCUUCAGGCGUGCUUUAAAUUGGGUUCGAGAAGGAGCGUGUACAACCGUCGGAGGAAGGUCAUUCCACGCAUUACUACCCGAAAUGAAAAAAUGUUUUGUCUAAUGAAUGUGUGUGCCCUGAGCUUGAAGAUUUUCUUACUAUGUUCCCGCCAGGCUACUUCAGAUGCGGCUUCAGAUGCGUUUGCUGAGAAUUUGGGCGCCGUAUCGUUUUCAUCUUUCAAGGCGUUUGAGAAGGCGUUAAAUGAAUACAUGAAGAAUAACUACGUGGUAUUCGUGCGUUCAUCCAGCAGUCGAAGCACAAACGCUGUUUUGCGAUAUGAAUGGGUGUACUAUAAAUGCAACAGGCGACCCCCGAAACCAAGCGAAAGUCGGGGAAUUAGAAAGAGCUAUACACGAAGCACCGGUUGUCCAGUCCGAUUUUGUCUAAGGAGACGCGGAAACAAACUCCUAGUCACCUCGUAUUAUCUUGAACAUAAUCAUGAGUUGACCAAGUAUUCGUACGAUCGAAUUCCUGUAAACCGACGGCUAACCAAAGAGGAGGUGGGCACUUGCAGGGCACUGCUGAACUAUGGUACGCCGUUGUGUGAAGUGCGGCAAUUUGUAGCCGACGAAUUCGGCAAGGUCCUAACCACCCAGGACCUCUACAACUACCGUCGAAACUUGACAAAUCCGGUGGCGUGCUUCUGUUAUAGUCCUGGCAAGGUCAUCAGAGUGGAUUGUUCCGAGGCGAAUCCUUUUGCCCCGAUGCCUGAUACAUACAUAAUUUGCUGUCGGUGGUCGAGAAUAGUGCAGCUCAACGCAGAUGUCGGUUGA